AUGGCUCGAAUCACAUUUGGAUUAGCCUAUUUUACUUUACUUGUUCCAUGCCUGCUCGAGCAAAUCCAGGGACAAACACCUCAUGUCUGGAUUGUCGGGCUCAGAGAAAGCCAGACUGUCGAAAAACAUCUCGAUUUCGUAGGCCGCCCGAUAGCAGUUGAAGAACGCAGGCCAGAGAUCAAUGGAUACACGGCUUCCAUCGCAGAUGCCGACACGGAGCUAUUCAAAGCCAUCCGCAAGGAUCCAACCGUCGGAUUCGUGGUCAAGAUGCCGGAAGACUAUUUUCGCAAGAUCGAAAAGAUCAUAGAGGAUGGGUGGGAAGAUGACGACCGUGAUUUGUACGAAUACAUGACCUAUCCUCAUCACCACUGGCAUGAUCUGCAGGACAGAGAUCACGAGAUUAUCACCACCGACGACGGAGGGAUCAAGAUUCAUCUAUCAUGGACAGUCAGACUUGAAGAGGGAUAUACUGUUGACGAGCACAUUUACCGCAUCACUGGAAAGCAAUUCCCGCUCUUUGAUGUUGUGCGCAGCAGCUUCGUAAACGGCUACAGCGUUUACUUUGUCAAUGGAGAGCAGGAAAAGAAAUUUUGUCGCUUGAUCCAGGCUGAUUUUCGUGUCGAUAGCAUUGGACCUGUCCGAAGCUACAAGAUGAACGAUGGAACUCAUGCCAACCCGCACGAUGUAUGUUUGUCCUUGAGAUGA